AUGAAUAAAAAUACAAAAAAACCGUGCUAUCCAGAGUUUUCUACCGGCAAUGGAACCGCAGUCGCUGAAGCACUUGGUAAUUGGGGAUUUUCCAAUGGCAGAACUCUUGAAGGUGGCAUCAGUCGUAUGAAAAAAAUAUUUAAUGAAAUGGAUAAAUUAAAAACAAACAAAGGUAACAUGCAAGUAGUUUAUUCUCGCAAAAACGAUCCGGAGGCUUGGCAGUACCCUCCAAGUUCUUCCAAAUGUAAACCAGCCUGGAAUUUUCCGGAAAAACGUCCUCUUAUAACUUUUAACUCUACCACUGAAGUAAUUUAUGUAUCCAGCUUGUCUUCGGUUAAGCAGGAGCUUGUUAAUCCAGCUCCUGGGAGAGAAUAUCGCGCUAUAGGCUCGGAUAAAUGGUUUAAAGCAGAACCUAUGAGUACUUGCUACCAACCAAGUUUUUGCGCUACCUCACAACACUCCUGCUUUCGUCCUUUUCCAUGGAUCGCAAGUAAGUUUAAAUAUUCCAUCUUUCUGGAUAAAUUAAGUAAAAUUUAUGUUACCGAAAGAAAACCGUGCGAAUGGGACGAGCCACCCUGUCCACCACCAGCAUGUGUGCCAGAUACUUCAGGGAGAGACCCUACAACACGCUGUAUGCCAAUCAAAGCAGUCAAGAGUAUGAAUUUUCGGGGCAGCGUUAUGUACAGAUGCGAGUGUAUUAAAAGAAACGGGCUUCAAGAUCGCUGCAUGAUGAUGGACUGCAUGGGUCGUCCUGAGUGUAUGACCAAGUUAUACCCAAUGUGUCAUUCAGGAAGAGCUGCUUUGCUCAAGCUCACCGAUCUUGGAGAUACUCAGACCGCUCUGGAGAAAUUUUACGCCGCUGACAAGGCUAGAGAAUCUGCCUUGGCGGCCUAUUGUCGUCUAGUUUGUCCUGAAACAAACGGAGACGGUUCUCCAUGUGCUCCGCCUCUGUUCAUAAGUCCCCCGUCACAAAUUGGCUACCAACAGCAGUGUGAUAUGCCAGAUUGUCAGCCUUGUCAUCAAAAUGAAGAUCAGUAUCACCAGCAAAAACCAUCAUCUUUUCCGUGCCAUCAAGGUCCUGGAGAUCAACUGUACAAUCAAAAUUGCCAGCCUUGCUAUCAAAGUACUAAUCAACAUCAAUCUUACGGCCAUCCGCAACCGCAACCACUGCCGGUACGAAGACAAUUACCUUAUCAGUUGUGUCAUCGAGGUCCUGGGGAUUAUUAUCAAUCAUUCUAUCAACAAAAUCCAAGAAACCAAGACAUUCGCUAUCCAGUUCAAAGAAAUCAACCGCAGUGUCCUUAUCAAUCUCCUCAAUUCUCUCAGUUCCAACCAUAUCAACCGCAGACUCAAUCUGCGCCUUGUAUGGUUCCAAACUAUGUACAUUGUUGA